AUGUCUAAUAGACGCAAAGUUGGUUUUAGCAGCUCAGCCUCGGAGGCGUCAAGGAGACAGCUCAUGCAGCCUGUGCAAUGCUGGGAGAAGGUCUGGACACUACCCGAUAAUGCACCUCCGAAUUCUACUCUGAAGGUGUACAAGUGGGUCAAGACAGACAAGAUGCAGUACUUCAGCGAUGACGAGGGUGAGACGGACCAGCCGCUGGCGCCCUUACCAGACGAACCAGAGGUGGUCGACGGUGACGAUGAGAUGGAACAAGACGACGAGAACAAGUCUAUUGCACCAGACUCCGUGACAGCACCAGCCUCUCGUGAGGUGUCCGAACCGCUGCAGCCGAGAGAAGAGUCCAAGCCUGCAACACCGAAACCACACCCUCUAUCCGUCUCGUUCCAAGCACCGUCCCCCUCGCCUGCACCGCAAGAUGAUGGUCUUGAUGACUCCUUGAAGCCUGCAGAGGGGGUUUUGGAUGGCGAUCUCACACUGGACAUGUCCGGUAUUGGCCCCGAUGGCGAGCCCUUUGAGAGCGCAGGGGAUAUAUCGCAGUUGCAGUCCGGAGACGCACUGCUAGGCGGCGGCCCGCUACUUGACGAGACAAUGGCAGAUGACCCAUUCGUAAAUGGGCCGCCUGCCUAA